AGAGCGUAAUAUGCGUGGUGUGUGUGGUUGGCGUUAGCGUUAGCAUUAGCAUUAGCUUCUUGUCUCGGUUGCUGGGUGACGGGGGCAGCUCCGUGGGUUAGAUCUGUCCCGUUUCGGCACGGUCUUUGCAGUCCAUGGUCCACGGAGUCUACACGGAGGAGCAGCCUUCGUCGGCCGUGUCCUUCGAAGGAUGCAGCCGCUGAAUUGAGACACGGCUUACAUGUUUACAGUUAUGGUGGCGUUGGCUAGAGCUGACAGCGUCUUCAGCAACUGAGUCCUCGUCAAAUUUAACAUAGGAAACAAUGGUGGCUGUUUUCCUGGUGACUCUAUACGAAUAUUCUCCGCUGUUUUACAUUAGUGUUGUGUUUUUAUGCUUCGUUGUUACGGCUGCAAUGGUACUUGGGUGGGUGGGCUUUGAUGUCCAUGCCAUUCUCCGAAACUCUGAUGAAGAACAAUCAGUUCUCCCCACUCCAGAAAAGCAAAUGAUUCGGGUGACCAACCCUUUCACUGUGGAGCUUUCAUCUAAAGCUGCCUCUGUGACUGAUGGAUUGUGGUUGCGACUUCGCUGCCUGGAGUCCUCUGUUCUGAGCUGUUUCUGGGGUUGUGACACUUCUUCUGUUCAAGCAGCUCUAAAGGCCCUACAGCACAGCCCACAGCCCAGCAGUCUGCAGUGUUUCCAGCAAGCUUUAGCCUGCCAGUAUUACUAUAGCCAGAAAUUUCAAAUCAGUGAUACAAACUGGACUGAGCUCUGCACACACAUCCCUGCUGAACAAGAGAUCACAGACUUUGGGCCUCUACCAAGACAACGCUACCCCCUAGUGGCUGUGUUGACGUUGGCCCAGCAGGAGGCUAUAAACAUCUAUAACAUUGUGGCCAGUGUGACAGUCUUUCAUGUACCAGAUAGCAAGUAUCCCCUCUCAGCACGCAUACUUUUUCAGUACCUUUUUACUGCACAAGGAAGCAUGUAUGAAUUAAAGCCUCUCUUCAUGUCUGCAGACAGUGAGGAGGACAAAGCUGAGCCUAGUACCAGCAGUAGUACAAACAUGAGCCCAAACAGACCGGAGAGAGACACAGAGGAGCAGUGGUCGGGCCGGAGCGAGCGGGACUGUGUGGUGUGUCAGAAUGCCAGAGUGAACAAAGUGCUUCUCCCCUGCAGACACACGUGUGUGUGUGAGAGCUGUGUGCUGCAUUUACAGCACUGCCCGGUCUGUAGGGGUUUCAUCAUAGAGUCAUUCACCCUUAGACCCAAUGAUGGAACAAGCGACAGCGUUUGAUAGAGGUACAGCUAAAAGGACUAUUCUUUUUAUGGGACUUCUUCAUGGAAUUUUAACUGUCAUCUCAGUUUGUUUGCGGUGAUUUGUCAUUUCUAAAUGCUUCUGUUGAGAGAAUUAACAGAUUAACUGAAUCUCAAAGAUUUGUAUCAGGUGAGAAUUGUAAGGCAAGACUAAUAUCACAUUUACCGGUAUGUCUAAAUCAGUUAAGAUUUAUGUCAUUAAGCAAGAGUUUCAUCUGUCACAUUUUCAUGUAAAACAUGUCAUGAUAUCUUGUAUAUAUGUUGUAUGUAAUAAAGUAUAACACGUAUAC